CUUACAUGACAGUAAAAUUCGCUUACAAUGUAUCAUCGAUUUAUGUUCAAAUUUAAAACAAAUUUCAUGCAAAAAUUCAUGUAAAAAAUACGUGAAUAUAACUAUUCAAAUAUAUUUAAAUAGAUUUUUAUAUACUACAAAAUAUUUCUGCUUUCAAAAUUGCACUAGAAAUUUUGGAUGGAUGAAAAACCAAACUUAUUUUAUUGAGAUAUAAAUGAACCUUUUAUGAAAGAGAUUUGUUUUUAACAUUUUACAAAUCUAUGUCAGAAAAUGAAAUAUUUAAUUUUCUUCCAUUUUCGUUAUCAAUUGCAUAAGUCUUCUUCCUUUUAAGAUUAAAAGUUUACAUAAUAACAGUAUAAACUAUACAAAAUAAAUCUAGAAAUUGUAAAGAUUAUAGUGGGAUCUCUCUAUUUCAGUAAUACACAUGUAGAUUACAUAUCACAGAAUAAAAGUGCGUACUUUAAAUACGAGAGGUCUUUGUAAAGAUAAGAAAGUCGUGGUGGUCGGCGGCGUCAUCAAUCUCGAAGAACGCUGAUAUCUCGACUACUCGUUACAAAAAUGCUUUUUUCCCGUGUUCAUUUCCCAUUUUGUCUCUCGUUAAAUCUGUCUCUCCCCACUUGUUUGCGAGGCACGUUCAUAAAUCGAAACCAAUAUUGUUAUAUGAAGUUAGUACGACGUUGGGUCCUAACAAAGUUAGAGCGUCGAAUGUUUUGUUUGCAAAAUAAUAGAAAGUGCGUUCGUUUUCAUUGUAUAUAUAUCUUUUCUUUUCUUUUCUCUUCUUUUUACAAAAACUUUCUAAUUAGUCGAUGAUUGUUUUGAGAAAUUCUCGUCGAGGCUGUAUGAAGUUUGAAACAUUGAAACAAGGUCGAGAGUUCCUGUGGGUCAAGGAAUUUCAACAUUUCAAAAUCAAGAUCCGUGAAGAAAGUGCAACAACGAGAAGUGUUAAAAGGAGUUUAGCGGAUUUGCUUUUCGAAAUUUGCAAAGAUUGCGAGAGAAUGGCCGCUAUUCCGCAGGGUGCAUUUGCAGCGUGCAAAGUCCGCCGCAAUUUAGAACGCAAUGCUAUGAUAACAUCACCAAUAGAGGAGAGGGAAAAAGUGGGUAAAGAAAACACAUUCAAUAUGAGACCCCCUUCGGAAGGCCGAGAGCUUACACCGCUAAAAUAUAACAGCAAAUUAAUGAACAGCAUCUGGGGACUUUAUAACCGUUAUUCGGUACAUAAUUUCAAGAAAAACAAUUCUAAUGAUGGGGUGUUUGGUAAGUUCGCGGCGAUUUGGGAGACUAUUUCUCACAGCCAUGCAUAUGCCGCGAACUCGGUAAUUACAACUGCAGUUACCAACAAUAACUCUCAAAUUAUGCAAAAGAGAUGAACAGUAUCUGAUGAUUUGAUGAUCUGAUAUGUGUAAUAUCGAUUGUUAAUUCAACUGUAAUAAUUAAAGGAAAUUUAAAUACUAUAUAUGACUUACGAUUAUAGAGAAUUGCAACAGUAUUGCAUAUUCUUUUUACAACUUUUUUAAUUGUACGUAGAUAAAUAAAAUAUUUUUCCUGGCAAC